UGCCGGGCGCCAGCGACUCGUUGCUGUGGGGCACUCGCGCUCCGAGCUCCGGGAGCGCAGGAGCCUCUCUGUCGCCGCCGACGGCCCCCAGCGCCGCUCUCCCACCCGCGGGGAGUGUCAUGGGCCCGCGCCGCGUCCACCGCUGCCGAUCGCAGGCGCCCGAGCCCCGGGGCGCGGCGUGCAGCGGCCGCUGACGCCGGGCGCCGGCUGCCAACUUCGCGCGCGGAGCUCCCCGGCGGCGCGGUCCUGGCGGCGCGGGCGGCAUGAAGACGAGCCGCCGCGGCCGAGCGCUCAUGGCCGUGGCCCUGAACCUGCUGGCGCUGCUCUUCGCCACCACCGCCUUCCUGACCACGCACUGGUGCCAGGGCACGCAGCGGGUGCCCAAGCCCGGCUGCGGCCAGGGCGGGCGCGCCAACUGCCCCAACUCGGGCGCCAACGCCACAGCCAACGGCACCGCCGCCCCCGCCGCCGCCGCCGCCGCGGGGAACGGCCCCCCUGGCGGCGCGCUCUACAGCUGGGAGACGGGGGACGACCGAUUCCUCUUCAGGAAUUUCCACACCGGCAUCUGGUACUCCUGCGAGGAGGAGGUCGGCGGGCCCGGUGAAAAAUGUCGCAGCUUCAUUGACCUGGCCCCAGCAUCGGAGAAAGGGGUCCUGUGGCUGUCGGUGGUCUCCGAGGUGCUCUACAUCCUCCUGCUGGUGGUCGGCUUCAGCCUCAUGUGUCUCGAGCUCUUCCACUCCAGCAACGUCAUUGACGGGCUCAAGCUCAAUGCCUUCGCGGCCGUGUUCACGGUGCUCUCAGGCCUCCUGGGAAUGGUAGCCCACAUGAUGUACACGCAGGUGUUCCAGGUCACCGUGAGCCUCGGCCCUGAAGACUGGAGGCCCCAUUCCUGGGACUACGGGUGGUCCUUCUGCCUGGCCUGGGGCUCCUUUACCUGCUGCAUGGCAGCCUCUGUCACCACGCUCAACUCCUACACCAAGACGGUCAUUGAGUUCCGGCACAAGCGCAAGGUCUUUGAGCAGGGCUACCGAGAGGAGCCGACCUUCAUAGACCCUGAGGCCAUCAAGUACUUCCGGGAGAGGAUCGAGAAGGGGGAUGGGAACGAGGAAGAGGACCUUCGCUUAGACUGCCGCCACGAGAGACACGCAGCCCGACACCAGCCACACAUGGGAGAUUCCUGGCCCCGGAGCUCUGCACACGAGGCACCAGAGCUGAACCGCCAGUGCUGGGUCCUGGGGCACUGGGUGUGACCGAGACCCAGCCUGGCCCUCAGACCUCAGGCCAUCAUUUGCACCAGCCCCCCGCCACAAGACCACUGGUCUGGCACCCACUGAAACCUGACCUGUGUGCUCUGAACUCAGCCAGCCUGCAUGGGAGACACCAGGCCUGCCCUGCCCACCACUGCCUGGGUCUCGGGGCCCCAGCCAUGGGGCCAGCGUGAACUGCAGAAACACUCGGGGUUGUACCAAACAACCUUGGGACAGCAACUUUGGGACAGAGCUUUGGUGACAUGCAGAGCACUGCUGGGGGCAGCUGGGAUGCUGGGAGAGCCAAGGACAUCAGCCGUUGGAAGCCUGGGGUCCCCAAGCCAGCUAGAAAGUUCAGGAGGGCACGGGUGGGGCUUCCUACAGGAGGGGCGUGGCACUGGCACCAUGGGGGUCACACAGCAGGCGCCAGCAGGGGCUCAAUAAAUGCUUGUCGAACCUGUUUUCUUGCUGUGCAUGGAGGCCAUUUGCUCUCUGGGCUGUGGCUGCACCUUCAUGGCUCCAUCCUGUCAGGUCCUCAAGGAGCCUGAAGGUGAAGCAGCCCUGACUGUGCUGCAGUCGGGGUCAGACACUGAGCUCUGCAGGAUGGAGGAAGCCCAGAGCCAAGCUGGGCUUGUGGGCAGGGUCAGGCUUGCAGGCUGCCUCGGAUUCCAGAGGGUGGGAAAGCUGGAGGCAUCAGGCAGAUGGGAAAUGUGGGGUGGGCCAGAGAGAAGCCCUCACACCCAGAUCCUAAACACACCUGACCCCAGUGGGGACCUUUACCCUAUGUCUAGAGAUACCUUCCAUCAAAUCCUAAGGCCUGGAGACCUGGGGAAAUAGAUUCUUAUUACAAAAACAAGGGAACUCAGGGUCACGGAGAUAAAGAAACUUGCCCCCAAGAUCACAAAAUAAGCAAAUGGCAGAGAUGGGGUUUGAACUAGGAUUCCUGACUACAAGAAGCCUCAUCUCUUCCCAGAGGAUUUCCCCCAUAGCGCUUUCCCCCAAGCAGAGAAUGUUCUUCAGUCUUCCAUAAUCCCAUCAUCUGUCCAUCAUCCAUCCACUCCUUCAUCCAUCCAUUCAUCAUUCAUCCAUCAUCUAUCCAUUCAUCAUUCAUUACCCAACCAUCAUCAUCUGUCCAUCAUCUGUCCAUCAGCUAUGCAUUCAUUCAUCCACCCAUCAUCCUUCCAUCAUCCAUCCCUUCAUCCAGCCACCCAUCAUCCAUUCAUCCAUCCAUCUAUCAUCCAUUCAUCCACCAAUCACCAUCUAUCACCAUCCAUCAUCCAUUACCCACCCAUCAACCACCUAUCAGUUGUCAUUGUUCCCUGUAUCAGACAUCCAUCCAUCAUUCUGUCAUGUAUCACUCAUCUUCAUUAUUCAACCAUCCACCCAUAUAUUCAUUUAUCCAGUGAUACAAUUCAUUGUGUCCCUACUAUGGGCCAAGCACUGUGGUAGGCACUUGAGAUAAGAUAUCGAACCACCCAGAGAGGACGUCUGUCUUUGCACAGCCCACAGGUGGGCAGGACAAACAACCAGACAGAUGACUAUAGUUCAGUGUGUGAGGUGUGUGGUGCCCAGCUCCGGGCCAGGCAGCUCUGCGUUUAGAUUCCAGCCCCUUCACUUGAGACCUUGGGCAAAUUACCUGGCCUCUCUUGUGCCUCAUCCCCAUGGACACAUGAGGAUGACCAUUAUAACUACCUCUUAAAGCUGUUCUGAGGGUUAAAUGAGCCAGUGCACGUGAAGCAUUCAAAACCGAGCCUGGCACAGAUAAGUGCUUUGUCGGUGUUCGCCGUUACUGUGAUGAGGGCCUGCUGGGUUGAGGGCAGAAGCAAGAAGAGGCUCUUUUAAGAAAAUGACUCUUAAGCCAAGACAUGAAGGUUGUCUAGACAUCAGGCAGGCAAGAGUGGAGAAGGGAACAUUGCAGAAAAUUUAGAAUAGUCUAGAUGGCAGGUGUGGAGAAAAGGGAGGGCAGCAAGGUGGCGAGGAAGCAGGCUGCGGCGGUUGGAGGAGCCUGGCCGCGGUGCCAGAAGCCCCUUCAGGAAGCUGAGCCCUCGUUCUGGCCGGCAGCAGCAGGGGCGCUUUUGGCGGAGUGGGAUGCUUCCCGACCGUGCCUCUGGGAAGGCCGCCGAGGCCGUGGGCAGAGAACAGAUGGGGAAGGCCAGGCUUCCCCCCUCGUCCUGACCAUACUUGAGGGGAGAGAAGAGGGUGUGGCUUGGGGACAGGACAAAGAGCACAGAUUCAGGAGCUAGUCAGGAGGGGAAAUCAACGGGCUUGGGUGGACUGAUGUGGGAGGAAGGGAGAGUCAACAAUGUCUUGAGGCUUGGGUGCCUGGGGGACUCCCAGGCGGAGGUGUACGCUCAUUCAUUCAUUUAUGGAGUGCUCCCAUAAUCCAUUUUUCAUUCGUUCAGUAUUUUGGACCUACUAUGUGAGGUGGGAGGUGGUCUGGGACAGAGACUAGGGCCCAAUUACAAAGGCCUGGCUGUCAGGACAAGAGUUCGGGCUCUGGCCCUGGGCGAGAAGGCCUACUGCAGCGGCCGGGCUGGGCGGCGGUGCCCGGGUGGGGGCCUGGCCCGGGCCCGGGUGUCUCGGAGCUCUUCAUUCUCACUCCGAGUUCCUUCUGAAGUCGGCAAGUGGACCACAGAAGUCCAGGACAUAAUUUUAGUUGGCACAUGGGCAAAAUUUUAAUCUAUUUUAAUAGUCGUGUUUAUGUAAAUGUGUAUUAGGAAAAAUAUGUAAUGGGCACACCAGUGCCAUGAGUUCACA